CCGCUAAUGUUUAUUCACGAGCUACACGUGGUUUUGGUCCACGGUAAAAGCUGGAGAAGUGAGCGGCGCACAGCGAGAGGCUUCCAGAGCAGCAACAUGUCUCUGUACCGCAACUCCGCCUGGUUCCUGAAGGGAGUGACUGAGUUCACCAGGUUCCAGAGGCAGCAGGUGGUGAUGACAGAGCAGCUGGCAAAAACUCACACUAACAUCCACUUCUCCGUCAUGCAUCCUGGCUGGGUGGAUACUCCAGCAGUGGCCAAUGCUAUGCCAGACUUUCAUCAAUCCAUGAAGGACAGCCUGCGGACCCCAGAGCAGGGCGCCGACACAGUGGUGUGGCUGUCUGUCUCUGAGGCUGCUGUCAAAAACCCCAGUGGACGUUUCUAUCAGGACCGGAAGAUGGUGUCCACCCACCUGCCUUUGGCCUGGACCCACAAUAAAGUUCCCCAGGUGAUGGAGUAA